AUGGAUUUUUUAUGGCUUCAAUUUCAGAAAAUCGGAUUUAAAGGAAGCUAUUCUCUUGGAAUGAUUGAUCAUCGCCAUAUUCACAUUCUUUUUGACUUGGAAGAGGACUACCAUCGAUGUUGGAUCAAAGGGCUCUGGACGUUUGAUUAUCACGUUAUGCGGGUUCUUAAGUGGACUCCGCAAUUUCAUCCAGAGCAUGAAUCGCCUGUUGUCCCGGUGUGGAUUGCUUUUGAAGGGCUGCCAAUUCAUCGUUUCAAUGAGGAUUAUCUUAGUCGUUUGGCGAGCAUUGUUGGAUCUCCGCUAAAAAUUGAUAUCCCGACUCUAAACUUAUCAAGGCCGUCAAUCGCUAGGGUUUGUGUCGAAGUCAAUCUGCUACAAGAUCUCCCAAAAAGAGUACUACUUGGCACGGAGGAAUACUUGUACUACCAAGAAAUUACCUAUGAGAACUUGCCAGAAUAUUGUUCCGAAUGCAAGAAAGUCGGUCAUGGCAUAAAAGUUUGUCGACGCGGCAAGCCAAAGGUCACGGCUAAGGAUCCGAAAACAGCGCCAUUGAAGAAUGCGGACUCUGACGCGGAAGGAUUUGGUUCGGAUACUGAAACUAAUACGGAAAAUCCAAUAAGGAUAGUUAAUGAUGAAACACAAGAUGAUGCUUCGAUUGGACUUAGCAGCAAGGAAACAGAAUUCGAAAAUGAUAAAUUUGUGGUAUCCGAUGGAGAGGAUCAUAAGAAAGCAAAGCUAGAAGCACUUAGGAAUAAGUUACGGUUUCGGGAAGCUUUCGCUUUGGUUACUGGAAAAAUUUGGGUCUUUGCUUCUUCUGAUUGGGUGGUUAAUUUGCUCGGGGGUUCUGAACAAGCCAUGCAUUUUGAAGUUGAAAAUCAGAAAAUAGGAAGAAAAGUUUUAACAUCGGCGGUUUAUGCAAAGUCUACGCGUCAAGAGAGACAGGUUUUAUGGACUAAAUUACGAGAUUUUAUUGGAAGUUAUUCUGGUUUGCCAUGGAUGAUUGGAGGAGGUUUUAAUGUCAUUCGGCAUAUUGGUGAAUAUGAAGGACAGUCGCAGCCAGAUAGAGGGUCAAUGGAUGACUUCAACUCAUGGAUAAAUGACUGUAAUUUGACGGAUUUAGCUCCAGUGGGAAAUCUUUUUACAUGGACGGGAACUAGACAAAAUGGAAAAGUGCUGAAAAGGCUUGAUCGUGUUUUGUUAAAUAAGGAGUGGAUGGAGUUCUUUCAAGCAUCAUUGAUACAUCAUUUAAAUAGAACAACAUCCGAUCAUGCUCCCUUGCUUCAUCAAUUCAGAGCUGAUAUGGAUACCCGACCUAGUCUUUUUCGGUUCCAGAAGAUGUGGCUGAAGGCAUGUCUAAAGGAUUGGAAUAAAUUCGUAUUUGGCAAUGUUUUUCAGAAUCUGAAAGCGGUUGAGGAUGAGGUUUUUUCCGGCUUGUUACAACCCGAAGUUGAGGGGCAGCUGCGCGAAAUGGAGAUGUUCUUUUCAGACGAGCCUGAUAAGCUUGUGUGGACUCCCUCAACAACAGGAGAUUUUACAAUCUCAUCAGCCUACAGAGCAAUCCGGCACCAAAGAGAAGCUUUUCCGUUUCUUAAAAAUUUUUGGAAUAAAAUCAUCCCACUUAAAGCAGCGGAUGAAAGCUUGGACCAUGCUUUUUAUGGCUGCCCGCGUAUUAAACAAGCUUGGAAUUAUUUUGCAGUUGUGUUAGGGCUUCCGAGUCAUAAUGCUAGUUGGUGGAGCAUUGUUCAGUCGUGGCAAACAAUUGGGAAUUUCUCUACGGCAAGAAAAGCGAUUAUUAUAGUUGCUCCUCUAUUCUUGUUGUGGGAAGUGUGGAAGUUCAGAAACAAAAUAAUUUUUGAAGGUACAUCUUUUUCUUUUGAGGCUUUGGUUAAGAAUGUUGUUUCUAACAUCUCUCAAAUGCUAAGUGUACAUAAGAUCCAUGCUAAGAAUCUUGAGGAGAGACAAGAAGUUGAGAGUUUGUUUCAAGUUAAAGUGCUACAUCCACCAAAGAAAACGAUCAAAAUUGUGAAAUUGAAACCUCCGAAUCCAGGGAAGUAUGUUUUGAGUACGGAUGGAUCAGCAUUGGGGCAAUCGGGUGAUGCUGGUUGGGGAUACAUCUUGAGAGGCCAAAAAAGAGUUUUCAUUUGUGCAGAGAGUAAAUAUAUAGGAAGUGCAAUGAGCUUGGAAGCUGAAUUACUUGGAAUUUAUUAUAGUUUAAGGGCUUGCAUUAGGAAGGGUGUGCGCUUUAUUGAGGUUCAAACAGAUAACCAGGUCAUCACAAUAUGCUUAGAAAAGGGCCAUAGUUAUCCAUGGAAGCUUUAUCGUCAUUUUCGCGGAAUCCAGAGCAUGUUACAACAAUCGCAAUCAAAAGUUGUGCACGUAUAA